AUGGCUUCUCUUGCAGCCAGAGGAACCCGGAUAUCGGUGUUCGGGAAAGCUUUUCUCUCAUUUCGACAACCCUCUUCUCGCACUCUAACCACUCGUGCAACCUCUUAUAUACUCAACACCGGUACGAAGAUCCCGGCACUCGGAUUCGGCACAUUCCAAGACCCCGAUUCUCAGGAAGAAACCGUCAGCCGGGCCUUGCAGAAGGGCAUGCGCCUGAUUGAUACAGCUCGGGUUUACAAUGUGGAGGAAGAAGUGGGGAGGGGAAUCAAGAAGAGCGGCGUUCCCCGCGAAGACAUUUUCCUCGGCACAAAGUUGUGGUGCAACGACUAUCACCCCGAUGACGUAGAGCGUGCCUUGGAUAGCUCCCUGCGAGACCUGGAUACCCCAUAUGUCGACCUUUUGUUGAUGCACUAUCCGUGCACCUUUAAGAGGGGACCCGAUCGAUUCCCUCGGGAUGCCGCCGGCAAAAUGAUUCGGGGCGAGACGACGUAUGUGGACACAUGGAAAGCGAUGGAAAAAUUGACCAAGACUGGCAAGGUCAGGGCUAUUGGAGUUUCGAAUUUCAGCAUGGGCGAAAUUGAGACCCUGCUCAACGAGUCUUCCACAGUCCCAGCUGUUCACCAAAUGGAGGUCCAUCCCUAUUUACAGCAAAAGGAAUUCAACGAGUGGUUGCAGACAAAGGGAAUUCACGUUGUCCAGUUCAGCCCUCUUGGCAACAUGAACGACUUCUACCGACAGACUGGAUGGUCUAAGGAGAUUGCGCAUAUGAUGCGGGUUAUUGACCAGCCGAUUCUGAAGGAGAUUGGCCAGAAGUACGGUAAAAGCCCCGUGCAGGUGGUACUUGCAUGGGGUAUCAACAGCACCCGUUCUGUCAUCCCCAAGAGUGUUGUCGACUGGCAGAUUGAAGAGAACUUAGAGGCGGAUUUCGAGUUGCAACCUGAGGACAUGGCCCAAAUUGCGACUCUGGACGUGAAGGCUCGCUUCAAUGAUCCCAGCUUGGACUACGAAUGGCGUUUGUAUAGUGACCUGGAAGGAAUUGACGGCACCGUGAGAGGAAAAACUCACUAG